AUGAUGACCCAGAUGUUUCUCUUUGCGUCCGUGUCUGCAGUUUACAGGAACUGUCUAGUCUUAUCGUUUAGUCACACUCGACACUCCAACCAGUACGUUCGAUGACGUCGGAAUUUGUACGUGACUUCAAGAGUCACAAAAUCGUACCGGAUGUAAUUCCGGUUCCACCAAGUUCGCUCCUUCAAGUAAACUACCCGGGUGAUCAGACAGUAAACCUUGGAAACAUACUGAUGCCCAAACAGGUCAAAGACAUCCCAGAAGUUCAGUGGACAGCAGAACCCAAUACGUACUACGUCCUAUGCAUGACGGAUCCCGAUGCACCCAGCAGAACUACCCCGAAAUUUCGCGAGUGGCACCAUUGGUUGGUGGUUAACAUUCCCGGAACGGACUUGGAACGAGGCGAAAUUCUCUCCGAAUAUAUUGGAGCAGCGCCACCGAAGAAAACCGGACUUCACCGUUAUGUAUUUUUGGUUUAUCAACAGGAUGGCAGGUUGAGCUUUAACGAACCGCGGCUAUCCAAUCGGAGCUCCCAGGGUCGCGGGAAGUUUUCGAUACAGAAAUUUUCGGAAAAGUACCAACUCGGUGUUCCAGUGGCGGGCAACUUUUUUCAAGCCCAGUUUGAUGACUACGUACCUAAACUGUACCGCCAGCUAGGACAAUUUCAGAAUGCAUUUUAAUUUCGGCAGAACGUGGAGGGAGUAAUUUCUAUGUUGUGUAGUUGUUGAUUCGUUAUUAAAUCAAGAUUGUCAAAUUACUUUAGUGGCAACUGCGUGGCAAUGAUGACAAGCUACUGUUGAGAUGUGAAAUCGGUAGAAU